UAUCUGAUAGGCAUUUGGAUUCUUCUCCUCCAUUUCUACUCCAAAUGCUAUUAUAUAUAAGUGAUGUUUUGGUGAGUGAUGAUAUGUAUCAAUCUUAGUUAUAAAUUGUCACAAACCACCCUCAAGUAGCUAAUUAUACAUAUUCUCCAUGCAAUAUGGCAGCACAAACAAGUGUACUUGUAUCCCAGAGAAGAAUUUCACAACCGACAAUGAUGCUCACAUCACUAAGCAGCCAACCUGUUGAUGAGAGUAUAAUCAGAGAACAGGUUUUGUCCACUCACAACUAUGAUGGCAGAGAAUUUAAUAGCAAUGCCAUUUUGAACAUGGCAGAAAAGGCUCUUAGCCUUGAGAUGGGUACUGCUCAAAAAGCCAGGGUGGAGGAGUUGAAUCAACUAGAAGAGCUCGAUAGUUACAAGCAACUUCCACUUCAUAUCAAACAACUUUCAUUCGAGGUGUGAUUAGAUUCUUGGGAUCAAUUGGGGCUAUAUAUAUAUGAUAGAUGAUCAAAAUGUAUAGUAAUGUUUGCAAUGACUGAUAGGAUGGCUAUAUUAUAUA